GGAGAGAGAGAAAGACCCAAGUGGGGAAAGGAAAGCAGCCAUCUUUUCUUCCGUCCGUUCCCAAUUUUGAAGUUAACAAGAGGGCGAGAGGUAGACGACGACGACGGUGCCGAGCCGGACUGCCGCUCUGCUUGGCGCUGAUAAUUCCGCCGGACAGCCCCCUUUUAUCCAAUUCUUGUAAUGUAAUAAUUAUUACAUUAGUCAAUUAGUAGCCUCUCAAUUCAAUUCACCCUCUCUCGUCCUCUGUCGUUGAAGCCGUGACAGUUCCACCGAUCGGAAGCCCAACGGUGAAUAGAAGCUCUAAGGCAGAGAAGAUGGCAUCUUCUUCCGACGCGUGGAUGAAGGAGUACAAUGAAGCGGCAAAGCUUGCGGAUGAUAUCACUGGGAUGAUAUCUUCUCUCCCUUCAGCUGGACCUGAAAGCCAGCGUCAUGCUUCUGCUGCUCGGCGGAAGAUCACCAUUUUGGGUACCCGACUUGAUAGCUUACAGACCCUCUUGACAAAGCUUCCCGGAAAGCAGCAUGUAUCGGAAAAGGAAAUGAACCGUCGGAGGGACAUGAUUGGGAACCUGAGGACGAAAGCCAACCAGAUGGCUUCCUCGUUGAACAUGACAAGCUUUGCUAACAGGGAUAGUUUGUUAGGCACUGAAAUAAAGCAAUCUGACAUCAUGAGUCGAACAACUGGUUUGGACAACCAUGGUCUCGUUACUUUUCAGAGGCAAGUUAUGAGAGAGCAAGAUGAGGGGCUUGAGAAGCUGGAAGAGACAGUAAUAAGUACAAAACACAUCGCCUUGGCAGUCAAUGAAGAACUAGAUCUUCACACCAGACUUAUUGAUGACUUGGAUGAACAUGUGGAUGUGACGGACUCUCGCUUAAGGCGAGUGCAGAAGCAAUUGGGAGUAUUGAACAAGCGGACCAAGGGCGGUUGCACCUGCCUGUGCAUGCUUAUGGCCGUAAUUGGGAUCGUGGCUCUGGUUGUGGUCAUAUAUAUGCUGAUCAAGUACUUGUGAUCGUGCCUGAAACCCCCCAUUUUCACUAUAUCGGCCAUUGCCUUGCCUUGUCUGCCUGCUGCUCUGCCCAUUCUGCAACAAGUCGUUCUCCCCUCCUGUUUUUGCUGUACCUUCCCCUGUUGUUUGGAAAUUCUCUGCUUCCGCUCCUCUAUGGUGGUGCUAUGUUGAUGUGGCAGAAGCUGUAAUACCAAAAAAAAGAAAGAAAUAUCGGGAAUCAACACUGUAAAUGAAACCCAAGUGAUUUGGCUCGAGUGUGUCGUUUGUCUGUUGGUCAACCAAAGCCAAACUACACGUUUUAAUGUGAAAUAUAUAUGGUUGUCUUCAUGUCUUGUCUGUGCUUCAUUCAUAUUUGGCAUUGCCACGUAUCUACAUU